GGUCUUGCGGCGAACUAGGGCCAACACCGGGCCUCGGGCUCGGGCUGCCACCAUUCGCACAUUCAUGGAUCAUCACUUUAUGAGGAUAGCAAAUACCGCCGACCUCUCUCCUCGCAUCCCACCAUCAUGGAUUCUCCCCCGAGCACGACGGGAAAGCGUUCACGAACGUCAAGCCUUGCGUCCGAUAUAUCUGAUUCGUCUACGAAACGGACGAGGGUAGACGAGGAAGUCGAAGAGAUGCUCCAAGUAUCUCUCAGCGGCCAGCAGCCCGAUGCUGUGCUGCAAGGUUUUGGUAGCCCUGCCAGUGAGCCGCGGAAUCAACCAACGAUAAGGGACGAGACGUACUAUCUCCAAGACGGAAGCUGCAUACUGAGGGUGCAAAAUACACUGUUCAAUGUACAUCGCACUCUACUGGCAAAAGAUGGCUCCCUGUUCAGUUCCAUGUUUUCCCUGCCGCAGGGAGAGCAUGAGAUAGAGGGCAUUUCAGACGAGUGCCCUAUCCACCUUUCCGGGGAGACCGUCUCAGAGUUCAAGAACUUCCUCUGGGUUCUGUACGCCUUACCACACGAACUUGCGGAGAUUACGGGUCCACAGAUUGACUUGGCCCGCCUGAACCGUCUGAUUGACAUCGCCCGAGUAUCGUUCAAAUACCAUUUUCGCUCUCUCGAGACCUGGGCACUCGAUGUUAUCAAUGAGCAAGUGAACCGCAAACCAGUUCCAUCGAUCUUCUGCCUCCCUUCGUCGGCGUCCGCUCUCCUUCAUUCAUCGAAUACAUCGUCAGGGUCGGCGAUCGCUUCGAGCCCAUUUGCCUCGCAGGCGCCUCAGGCUGCCAGUCCUCAGGCUAUAGUGAGUAACGGGGCGCUGAUAUCGAGGCUCAUGCGUCUCGCACAGCUGUGCGCGCAUGAGAAGCUGCUGGACACGAUGAUAGCCGUACUCAAGGUGCUCAUGGGCCACUCGAUCCAGUACGCACAUCUCGCGAUGACGCUCGCUGACGAACUGGACCUGCGCCCGCUGCGCGGCAUCGCCUACUUCGAAGUGAUGCAGAGCGACAACAGCAUCGUACCGCGCACCUCGUUGGAUGUGCGCAGCCGCGGAGCGUCGGCGCCCGAGCGGAGGAACGUCCCUGACGCCGAGGGCAGGCUGAUCGUCACCCCGGAACAGAAGCUGCGGCUGCUCACCGGGUACCAUCGCCUCACGCUCAUCUGGGAAGAGCUGCGCGCCACGCCGCCGUCGUUUGAGCAUGCGCCGGCGUGCAGCGCCACAUGGCACCAGCACGGCUGCACACAGUGCUGGCUUGACUUCUGGAAGGAGAAGACACGGAGCGACGCGGUGAUGCAGCACGGCCUGGCGGAUGUGCUUGGGCGAUUAAAGGCGAUAUCGAAGGAGUUUGUGAGAUGGGGGAGCGCGGCGUAUAUGCACCAAGACUGUCGGAUGAUUGUGCGGAGGGUGAUCCAGGAGAAGAUCCGGACAAUCGAGGAGGAGCUGCCGGAUUAUUUUGUCGAGGAUACUUCGGGUUAGUAAAACCCCGUGAGUAUCUUAAUUUCUGAUUGGGUUUUGGGAGACUUGGGUGUAUCAUUCUGUAAAACAGAUAUUUUACUGCGACAACAAUUAUCGUUGUAGAUUUCUUCAUUUCGUACACAGUUCCGAAGCCUUACUCUAUUGCUGAACACAUGCUCGUAUUACGACUCGCACUGCUACCUUGUGUCGUGUACCUGCGUCUCG